CACAUAACACAUUGACAAGAAGUUAAAAGGAACUUCUUAACUUCUCUCAAAACCCCUCUAUUAUAUUUCAUCAUUCACCACCAUAAAUCUCUAUCAUAUCAUCACUUUCUUUUAUAUUCUUUAACCAUCAUUAGCCAUGCCACAAAACUGCAUAGCACCAAAACCAGAAUACAACACUAGUAGUAAUAGUAGUAGUAGUACUCAUCAUCACUCUAUGGAAGCAGCCUUAGAGAAUAAUAAUACCAAUGAACAACAAUCCAUACAGAAACUCACUAUGUUCCCCAUAACUUUGAAGUUUGAGGAAUUGGUGUACAAAGUGAAACUAGAACAGAAAGGAGGAUGUUGGGGAAGCAACAAAUGGAGCUGCAAAGAGAAAACAAUUCUGAAUGGAAUCAGUGGUUGUGUUUGCCCUGGUGAGAUUCUUGCUAUGCUUGGCCCUUCAGGGAGUGGCAAAACCACACUCCUUACAGCUCUCGGAGGCCGUCUCACCGGAAAACUCUCCGGUAAGAUAACAUACAACAACAAUCCAUUCUCAGGUUCAAUCAAGAGAAGAACAGGUUUUGUAGCACAAGAUGAUGUUCUAUAUCCUCACCUAACUGUAACUGAAACACUAUUCUUCACUGCACUUCUAAGGCUUCCAAAGACUUUAACAAGAGAUGAGAAGGUUCAUCAUGUUGAGAGAGUGAUCAGUGAAUUGGGAUUAACAAGGUGUAGGAGCAGCAUGAUUGGAGGACCUUUGUUCAGAGGAAUUUCUGGUGGAGAAAAGAAGAGAGUUAGUAUUGGACAAGAAAUGCUUAUUAAUCCUAGCUUGUUGCUUCUUGAUGAGCCUACUUCUGGUUUGGAUUCCACAACUGCUCAGAGGAUCUUGAACACUAUUAAGAGACUCGCCGGCGGCGGAAGAACCGUUAUAACCACCAUUCACCAGCCAUCUAGCAGGCUAUACUACAUGUUUGACAAGGUUGUGUUGCUCUCUGAAGGCUCUCCUAUUUACUAUGGUCCUGCUUCCACUGCUUUGGACUAUUUCUCUUCACUUGGAUUCUCUACUUCUGUCACUGUUAAUCCUUCUGAUCUCUUGCUUGAUCUUGCCAAUGGGAUUGCUCCAGACUCAAAGCAUGCAAGUGAACAAAGUGAGGGAUUAGAACAAGAAAGGAAGCAAGUUAGAGAAGCUCUAAUAUCAGCUUAUGAUAAGAACAUAGCAACAAAUCUGAAAGCUGAGCUGUGCAGUGUUGAGGUGAACAACUACAACAACAUGAUGAUCAAAGAUGCUUGUGCAAGGAAUCAGAUAAAUCAGGAGCAAUGGUGCACAAGUUGGUGGCAUCAGUUUAAAGUACUAUUGCAGAGGGGAGUGAGGGAGAGAAGGUUUGAAGCAUUCAAUAGGCUGAGAAUAUUCCAAGUCAUAAGUGUUGCUUUUCUUGGUGGACUCUUGUGGUGGCAUACCCCAGAAUCACACAUUGAAGAUCGGGUAGCAUUGCUGUUUUUCUUCUCAGUUUUCUGGGGAUUCUACCCUCUAUACAAUGCAGUAUUCACAUUCCCACAAGAGAGGAGAAUGCUGAUAAAGGAAAGAUCUUCAGGAAUGUACAGGCUGUCUUCCUACUUCUUAGCAAGAACAAUAGGAGACUUGCCAUUGGAGCUUGCACUUCCAACUGCAUUUGUGUUCAUAAUCUAUUGGAUGGGAGGACUCAAACCUGAUCCUGUUACAUUCAUCCUUUCUCUUCUUGUUGUUCUCUACAGUGUCCUUGUUUCUCAAAGCUUAGGCUUAGCAUUUGGUGCUAUAUUAAUGGAGAUCAAACAAGCAACCACUCUAGCUUCUGUCACAACCCUUGUGUUCCUCAUUGCUGGUGGAUACUAUGUUCAACAGAUUCCACCUUUUAUAGUGUGGCUAAAGUACUUGAGCUAUAGCUACUACUGUUACAAGCUUCUUCUUGGUGUUCAAUACACUCAAGAUGAUUACUAUGAAUGCUCAAAGGGUGUGAUGUGCAAGGUUGCUGAUUUUCCACCAAUCAAAUCAAUGGGAUUGAAUCAUCUUUGGGUUGAUGUUUGCAUUAUGGCACUUAUGUUGGUUGGUUAUAGACUAAUUGCUUAUUUAGCACUCAAUAGAGUAAGGUAGAUUCAUACACAUAGCAAGGAAGAAGAAGAAUUUCAAGAAAGGUUUUUGUACUAAUUCAAACUGAGCAAUAAUAUUACUACUAAUAAUAACUAGAAUUAUAUUAGGCUUUUCAUGUUACUUCAUGUAAUCAAAUCAAAUAUAAAUAUAUAUGUAUCAAAAUCUCCCUCAA